AUGAACACUUCGCCGAACAAGGAUAUCAAUAUUUUCGAUUUACCCAAUGAAAUAUUAGUUAUAAUUUUCAAUAAAUUGAAUAUGAUAGAUGCACUCUAUUCAUUAGUAGAUGUCAAUGAACGAUUUAAUCGAUUAGUAUUUGAUCGUCUUUAUAUUCAUAAUCUUGAUUUAACUGUAAAAUCAUCAUCUAAUUAUAUAUCUUCAAUCAAUAAUCAAAUGCUUGAUGAAGUUUGUGAAAAAAUCUUACCUCGUAUUUAUCAUCAAGUAAACAAACUCACUGUUGAACCACAUUCAAUCGAACGUCUUCUUUUUACUACUGGUUAUCCUCAACUUGAUUCGUUAUCAUUUAUUAAUUUUCAAAAAGAAACAUUUCAUCAAUAUUUAACAGGUAGACAAUUUCAUUUUAUUCAUGUUAAUCAGUCAAACGUAUCUUAUUACGCAGGAUAUGAUGAUUAUAUAUGUUCCUGA